GUCAAAUGAAAAUAAAGUAUAUAAUAAUAAGAAAAAUUAAACAAACGUUUGCCUCUUACUCUUCGAAAAAGUUAAUUGAUAUGGUAUUAAUACUGAAUAAACAACUUGUUAUUGAGUUAGGUGGCGCUCUUGGCGGUAAUGUUGUCUAAAAAGUGGUAAUUUACUAAAUAAAAUCAUUCAAGCGGUUAUACAACGUUCUUCUUUGCAUAUUUUCUUUAAUAAAAAGGAACUUGAAAAUUGUAAAUACAUAUUAAAUUUUAUGUUUUAAUAAUAAUAAAUUCAUAAUAACAUCGUAACAAUAUAAAAAGCGAUAAAAGAACAAAACACUUUCUUAUAAACAGUUCGAGCAAAAUACGCUCUUGUGAAACAAAAAAGGAGCUACAAAAAGCCGACUUUCACUUAUCUAAACCGAAUCCCAUCUCUUCUCAAAUAGUAAGGGCAAAAAUUUUGAUUUAAUUUAAAACGGAGAACAUUUUCGAGAAAAAGAAAAAUUGAAAAUUUAAAAUUUUUUAAACUAAGCUCUAUAAGCGAAAUUUCGCAAACAAUAAGAAUCAUAUUAACUCAUUGCAAAAAGCUGCAUACGAUAAUUAAGAUAUGUCCACUGGGUCAACCACAUCGUACGAUAGGAGUCCGCAGCAGCAACCGUAUAAUAAAGGGAAUUGCCCUCGGAUACCCUAUCAUAAGCAAGCGUACGGUGCAAGGGAUUUGGACAUAACAAAGGAGGAAUUUCAGCGUAUUUCUGAUGCGUUGAAAAAUGAAGAAUUCCGUAAGCUAUUUAUGGAAUAUAUCGAUGAGAUACAAGAUCCAGAAAAUCGUAAACUUUACGAAGAAGAAAUCAAACAAAUCGAAGCGGAACGUGGCGUUGACGUUGUCUUCGUUAAUCCGGAACCGGGAUUUGUAAUUAAAACUUCGCAAGAUGGCGACCAAAAAUGUUUUAUCAAUUGCGCUAAAAGCCCAGAAGUAGGAAAGCCAUCAAAUGAGGUAUGCAUCGAUCCAGUCACGGGUACGCGCGGUUUGAGUUGGUCUAUACCAAUGGCACAAGCACCGCCUAGAGAUGAUUUAGAUAAUAAACGUAAGCAUUGUCGUGUCUAUGAUGUUGUCUUUCAUCCGGAUGCCUUGUAUUUGUCCGAGCGUAAUAAGGCAUUCCGUAAAUGUCUGGUCGAUACCGCCUUAGAUGCCGUGGAACGAGAGUUUAAGGUUACCCUAGAUCGCGUUAACUUAAAAUUUCCUAAAUUGCAAUUUAAGGGAAUUGCACGCCCAACUGUGAUACGUAAAUUGGCGAAAAAUCCACCAGCUGAGACCGAUGAACCGCAUCCGCUUGAAAGUAUUUACCCCGCCAAGCCGACAGCAGAUUCUGGCAACCCGACAGUACUGCCCAUGAAGAAUAUGUCUACAAAGGUGAAAAAAUCCGAACAUAACAUACCUAAGUACAGCAUAAAGCAUCGCCGCGACGUAGACUUGGCUGAAUAUACUAACGAAUUGGAUGCCAAGCUCAAUGUUGCGAUUCCACGUGAAUUAGUAGUAGAAAUAGAAUUGCCUUUGUUAAAUUCCAGCGCAGAAUGUCAAUUAGAUGUCACGGAGAAAUCUAUAUUCUUGCUUAGUGAUCGUGCGGGAGCUAAAUAUCGUUUAGACCUACAACUUCCGUAUGCUGUACAUGAUAAAGAGGGUAAUGCACGUUUCGAUAUUGACACGAGACGUUUAAUAAUUACGCUACCGGUGGUUCAUAAAAGCACCGAACAGCAACGAGAAAUGCACGCGAAUUUAUUGAAUUUAUGCCGUGAAGAUAGCGGAGUGGAAAGUGAUGUGCGUGAAGAUGUGUCUACAACCUCAGGGAGAUCUCCGGUUGAAGAAAUUAGUGAUACUUACAAUAUCGAACACUCGGGGAAUUCUUCAUCUCAGGAAGAUUCCGGAGAGGACCAAAAGAGCGCAGAAACAGAAAGAGAAUCGGCAGCCUCUCCUGGCAACUCUUCACAAUCUUUCUUAAAGCCCAACAUAGAGUAUCAAUUACCUACGAAAUUUGAUUGCAAUGUCUUGGACAGUAUGAUGUGCUGGGUUUUACACGUACGUAAUGUGCAACCGGAAUCUUUGCUUUUAAGCCAAAGUUCCCGUCAUUUGCACUUGCAAUUUGCAUCAAUUGGCUCCGGUUAUUAUCCCUCUUACUACGCAUUUUAUAUACAACUGCCCGAUGAAUAUAGUGAAGCUAAAAUCCUUAAGAUCGACGCUGAAGCUUGGGAAAAUAAUGUUGUGCUCAAUUUGCAUUUGAAUGUUAGCGCUGAAGAUAUCCUUACCUAUUUCGCCGGCCUUGAAGGUGGCACUGUGAAAGAGUAUAAGGUUCAGGAAAAAUUGCAAGUGGCACAUAAAUCGCGACAGCGUACAAAGCCUGCUUGUUCUUCAGCUCCUUUGGACGUAUCUAUAGAACGUUCCGAUUGUGGUGAGAAAUUGGAAAUUGAAAUUAAGGCUUCUCCCAAUUUAUUAACAACCGAAGAGGAGGAGGAUGCAACCUAUAUCAACGAUGGAGAGGAUGAUGCUGGAAAUCAUCAAAAAAAAAUCAAUAAAAAACAAAAACGCAAGAAUAAAAAACGUCGCUCACUUUCCGAAUCCGUUUGUGACGACAUCAAAGCUUAUCAACAGCACCAGGAGGCUUUACGACCAACACCACCAGUGCCAGAGGUUAAUGAAACCGCGGCUGUGGAUGGUGAUGACGAUGAAGAUUCUUCACCCGAACGUUUAGAGAAAUCGUCAAUAACGAAACCAAAUAUGAACUCUUCCGCAUCCGUUGACGUUCCGAACUCUUCCAACUAUACGAAUAGUACUCUAACUAAUCAGCAAAGAAAGCAACGAAGUUUUUCUGAAUCCAGGGACAGUGCUAUCAGCUGCAGUAGUGGUAGUACAUCGUGCAAAGGAAUUUUGAAACACUAUAGUCGCUAUGAACCGAGACCUUCAAUAUCGGAUUCAUGUUCUUCGAUUGAAGAGUAUUCCUCAACGUAUUCCACUUCAGUUGAUGGUGUACCUCACGGCUUGGAUAGCCUACGUUUCUCGCAAUCUUUCAGUGACAUACCCGAAGAGAAUGUUUCUGAUAAUUGUAAAAAAACUGUGCGAUUCAGUGAAGUAAUUAAGAAGCAGGUUUUCAGAAUGGACUCCAGUAUCUUGGGUCAACGUAAAAAAAAUCAAAAACGUCGCGAUCGCAAAUUAAAAGCAUUGCAAAGACGUCUUAGCGAAGGAGAUUCAGCUGACUAUGAGGAUAAUAAGAUGUUGACCACAUUACAAACGGUAUCCAAUGGCCAAUAUUUCGAGAAUAAAACUCAUUUCAACGUUAAUAAUAAUAAUAAUAAUAAUAACAACAAUAAUGGAAAUAAGAGUAAAUAUAAUAACGAUAGCGCUGAUGAUGGUUGCGGUGGCGGCGAUAAUAAUGUAAAUGCAGUCGACAACAACGAUAGCAACGAUAAGAAGAUACGUUCAAGAUUAGAUUCCGAAUCAUCGUCCGAUAUCGAUGCUAACUGCAAAAAUUCAUUGAUGUUUGAUAUGGAUUUGUAAAAAAAAAAAAAAAAAAAUACCAAUACUUUCUAUCCAUUUUAGAGCCCACCAAUGUUGAUAAACCUAACGUAACGAAAAGCCAGUCUUAAGACUUUUUAACCUACGCCCCGCAACAAUCCACAACAAUCCAAAACAAUCCACAAAUAUAAUACAUACAUACAUACAUAUAUGAUGAUUAAUUCUAGUAACGAAACGUUUGAACGCCUUGAACACUACUUAUUACAAACAUCCGCUGACAAUCACAUUCGUAACGUAAUGUCAGGAAAUUCCUUAGUAUGGUUUUCAAUUUGAAAACAAAAUUCUUUUCAAUGUUUUUAGUCUUGAAAAUUAUUUAAAUUGUCUUUUACAUAGAUCUCUUAUUAUUUAUUUCUUUCCUUUCCUCCCCCGCUUUAUAACCCGAAAUAUACUACUGAUAUAUAAAACUGGUAGAGUUUAUAUUAUUAUCAAGCAUGCAUUCUUCUUCUUAUAUUCUGUGUCUAUUCUAUGCGAAACAACAUUUUGUAAUAAUAUAACUUUUAUUCCAAUUUUAUAUAUAUCUCAAUUGCGAUUUACGAAUUGAUUCCAUUGCGAAUGUAUUUGAUAUUUGUAAUUUUCAUAUUGAAUUAAUGCUACGACAUCCACCACUGAAAGCAAAAACAAAAAAAAAUUUAUAUUAGACCCGGAAACAAUGAUAUGCAUGAUAUAUGAUAUAUAGAUAUAUACAUAUUUGUUAAAGAAGUAUUUCGUUUGGACCCUUAAUAUUUUUCUUUAAAUUUGGGAUUUCUUUCAAGUCCCAAAAAUUAUUGUGAUACAUUUGCUGCCCCCUCGUUCUGAUCUGAAAGAUCAAUUCGAAAACGAUUUGA